GAAUCCAUGGUGUGAAUGAACUGGGGCACCUGGGCUCACGGAUCGCCCCCCUUUCCCCCGCCCCGUCCGGAGUUGAGUGGUGGGGAAUUUUUUUUUCACCCUCUUGUGAAGAAUUUUUUUUAAAAUUAUUUGUUGUAAAGUCUUUUGCACAAUCACGCCCACAUUUGGGGUUGGAAAGCCCUAAUUACCGCCGUCGCUGAUGGACGUUGGAAAGGGAGCGCCUCGCAGCGGAACAGUCGCCUGCGCGCCUUUGCUGGACCCGCGGCUUCCUCGUUGCGCCCCGGCCGGGCCCUGCCUUUGCAGUCGGCCCGCGCGCGUCGGCGCGCUCUCGGUUCCUGGGCUCAUCUCAGCGUUGCUCCGGCUCGGGAGCCCAAGCCCAGGCGCCAGUGCCCACUUCGGCUCCGGUUCACUGCGCCCGCCCGACGCGCACCGGAGGACUCUGCAGUCCAGCUCCCAAUCGUCCCCCUAGGCUUAACCCGGCCGCUCCGCUCGGAUUCCUCGGCUGCCCUCGCUCCGGUGGCGACUUCCUCCCCGCACCCCCUCCCCCUCGCCAUGAAGAAGUCGAUUGGAAUAUUGAGCCCAGGAGUUGUCUUGGGGACGGCUGGAAGUGCAAUGUCUUCCAAGUUCUUCCUAAUGGCUUUGGCCAUAUUUUUCUCCUUUGCCCAGGUUGUAAUAGAAGCCAAUUCUUGGUGGUCGCUAGGUAUGAAUAACCCUGUUCAGAUGUCAGAAGUAUAUAUCAUAGGAGCGCAGCCUCUCUGCAGCCAACUGGCAGGACUUUCUCAAGGACAGAAGAAACUGUGCCACUUGUAUCAGGACCACAUGCAGUAUAUUGGAGAAGGCGCGAAGACGGGCAUCAAAGAAUGCCAGUACCAAUUCCGACAUCGAAGAUGGAACUGCAGCACUGUGGAUAACACCUCCGUGUUUGGCAGGGUUAUGCAGAUAGGCAGCCGAGAGACGGCCUUCACGUACGCGGUGAGCGCCGCGGGGGUGGUGAACGCCAUGAGCCGCGCCUGCCGCGAGGGCGAGCUGUCCACCUGCGGCUGCAGCCGCGCCGCGCGCCCCAAGGACCUGCCGCGGGACUGGCUCUGGGGCGGCUGCGGCGACAACAUCGACUAUGGCUACCGCUUCGCCAAGGAGUUCGUGGACGCGCGCGAGCGGGAGCGCAUCCACGCCAAGGGCUCCUACGAGAGCGCGCGCAUCCUCAUGAACCUGCACAACAACGAGGCCGGCCGCAGGACGGUGUACAACCUGGCUGAUGUGGCCUGCAAGUGCCAUGGAGUGUCGGGCUCAUGUAGCCUCAAGACAUGCUGGCUGCAGCUUGCAGACUUCCGCAAGGUGGGUGACGCUCUGAAAGAGAAGUAUGACAGCGCUGCGGCCAUGCGGCUCAACAGCCGGGGCAAGUUGGUGCAGGUCAACAGCCGCUUCAAUUCGCCCACCACGCAGGACCUGGUCUACAUAGACCCCAGCCCUGACUACUGCGUGCGCAACGAGAGCACGGGCUCGCUGGGCACGCAGGGCCGCUUGUGCAACAAGACGUCCGAGGGUAUGGACGGCUGCGAGCUCAUGUGCUGCGGCCGUGGCUACGACCAGUUCAAGACCGUGCAGACCGAGCGCUGCCACUGCAAGUUCCACUGGUGCUGCUACGUCAAGUGCAAGAAGUGCACGGAGAUUGUGGACCAGUUCGUGUGCAAAUAGUGGGUGCCUGCCCAUCACCCAGCCCGACUCCCAGGACCUACUUAUUUAUAGAAAGUACAGUGAUUCUGGUUUUUUAAAAAAAUAUUUUUUAUUUUUCCCCAAGAAUUGCAACCGGAACCGUUUUUUUCUGUUACCAUCUAAGAACUCAGUGGUUUGUUACUUAUAUUACAAUUAUUAUUUGGCAAUAAUGGGGGGUGGGAACCAAGAAAAAUAUUUAUUUUGUGGAUCUUUGAAAAGGUAAUACAAGACUUCUUUUGAUAGUAUAGGAUGAGGGGGAAAUAGCACAUACCCUAAUUUUGCUGUGUGGACAUAGUAUACAUCCAGAAGGUAAAGGAAGUACAUUUUCUUUUUCUCAAAUAUGGCAUCAUAUGAGAUGGGUAGGAUCCAAUUGGAAGAGGGUGGGACAAAUGUAUGCAUGAUUUAGAUUCUUUUAAAUUGUAAAUGCUGUGGUGCAAGAUAGAAGGUUCUUAAAGGGAAAAAACAGAAAAAUAAGAUCCCCUUCUCCAGGGGCUGCCAGCCUGCUUUUCACAUUUUCAAAAUGAUGAUUUAAAAUGUUAAGAGCACGAAUCUUACAUUAUCCCCAAAGGAAAAAAGGCGUAUCAUAUGUCUCAUUCUUCUCAAAUAUUCCAUCUGCAGACGGUCCUAUUCUAAUAGGUUGUAAAACUUGGGGAGAAGGGAGGGAAGCCCCUAGAAACUAAAUUAAAUAAUUGAAAACUUCUAUAUGAAGACAAUGAUUUGAAGCUGUUACAGGAGUUAGGCUUUCAGGUUGGAAAAGGAUCCCCAAAUGAUUCUGGACACUUUUUGUUUGGGGAGACCGUGUUGGCUUGAAUAUAAAGGAAAAUAUCCUGUAAUUUUCUUAGGGAUACUUGGUUCAUAAAUGAUAAUAAUGAAAAUAAUACAUGAAUUUCAUUGACAGAUCCUCAGCCCAAACAACAAGGUAAUUGCAUGUAGUUCAGCACAUUGCACCAGAAUAGAAAACCUAUUUGAGGAAAACAAGUGAAAUCCACCUUCCCACUUGACCCCAGGCCCUCUCUGAUUCCUCUGUGCCGUGAUGUGAUGCUGGCCACGUUUCCAAAAGCAGCUCCACUGGGUCCCCUUUGAUUGUAGGACAGGAAAUGAAACAUUAGGAGCUCCACUUGGAAAAUAGUUUGCUACUUAGGGAUUUUUUUUUCCUAAAACUUUUAUUUUGAGGAGCAGUAGUUUUAUGUUUUAAUGACAUUACUUGGCUAAUGGAGUUCACAGAGGUGUUGCAGUGUUUCACUGUUAUGAUCCUGUGUUUAGACUAUCCACUCGAGCUUUUCCUAUUAUACUGCAGGUUACCCUAAAACUGUUUCUAGUAUACUUGAACAGUUGCAUUUAUAAGGGAGGGGGGAAAUGUGGUUCAAUGGUGCCUGAUAUCUCAAAGUCUUUUGUACAUAACAUAUAUAUAUAUAUAUAUAUAUACAUAUAUAUAAAUAUAAAUAUUAUUAUAUCUCAGUGCAGCCAGUGAUUUAGAUUUACAGUUUACUCUGGGGUUAUUUCUCUGUCUAGAGCAUUGUUGUCCUUCACUGCAAUCCAGUUGGGGUUUUUCCAAAAGUUUUUUGAGUUUUGAGCUUGGGCUGUGGUCCUGCUGUGAUUGUACCUUGAGCACCACAAAGCAGCCUUGUUUCUGAGGAGGCUUGAAGGUCUGACUCACUGAAAUGCAUGUUGGGUUGAAGAUUUCUUUUAUCUUUCCUGUCCCAACCCCUUUUCUCCAACCUCUGUUUCUGUACACUUUGUGGAGAGGGCAUUACUUGUUUGUCAUAGAUAUGGACAUUAGGAGAUAUUCAAAACUCAGAGGAAUCAUCAAAGUUUCUCUUUUCUUAGUUCAUUGUGCAGAGAGGAAACUGUUGCCUAUUAGAUUUAGUAAGUCCUUAUUUGAGUCCCUAAGGAAAAUCCAGCCCACUACAUAGAUAGCUAGUUUAAAAGAUGUUUUUAAACAAGGACACCUCUUCCCAAAAAGAGCCAUUAAAUGUUCUUAUUUCAGACUUACAUUGUUUUAAACGUUUGGAAAGGUACACAUCUCCCGCACCCUUCAUAGGCUUGGUGGCCUUCAUGUCACCUCAGCCAACUGCGGUUUUUAAUUUAUUGCACAAGGAUAUUCACUUCCCCUCAGUUGCAGUGAAUUGCAAGCAAAAGAUCUUGAAUUAAAAAGCACUAAUUAGCUUAAAAUGUCACUUUUUUGGUUUUUAUUAUACAAAAACCAUGAAGUACUUUUUUAUUUGCUAAAUCAGAUUUUGUUUCUUUUUAGUGAUUCAUGUUUAUGAAAAGAGUUGAAUUUAACAAUCCUAGCUUUUAAAAGAAACUAUUUAAUGUAAAAUAUUCUACAUGUCAUUCAGAUAUUAUGUAUAUCUUCUAUGGCCUUUAUUCUGUACUUUUAAUGUACAUAUUUCUGUCUUGCGUGAUUUGUAUAUUUCACUGGUUUUAAAAACAAACAUCGAAAGGCUUAUGCCGAAUGGAAGAUAGAAUUUAAAAUAAAAUGUUACUUGUAUAUUGGUAA